AUGGACUUAGUCCUCUCCUCCAUGUGGCCCGAUGACAUAAACGAAGCGGGCCGUCAAUUCAACGUCGAAAAGCCCGGCCCAGCUGACCUGGACAUGCUUGACGAGUUCACCAUCCACAAAGAGCCCAAUAUAGUAGAUUUCCAUCGCCUAAUGGAGCUCACAAACUACAGUGACAAAGGCAAUUGUCAGUUAGCAAAUCUGAUCAAAAACUGGGAAUUCAAACAAGAAAAUGCCGUCCGUUUGCUUCGAGAAGAGCUCGACACGCUCAGCAAGCAACAGCAAGAAGUCGAGCUCAAAAAGCUUGAAAUUCUCGAAGAACACAGAUUUGAAUUCGGAAGUGACAAAAGGCCUGUCUCGAUUUUAGACGAGAAUAUGAAGUAUUUGUAUCAAGAUUUGCCGAGGAGAAAGAGUGAUGUGGAUUUUUCGAAAGAUGAGAGAGUGGAGAUCGAUGAUGCUGAGUACGGAAGUGGGGUGUAUUGGAAGGAAAGGUGUGUGCAGCUCGAGAAGCUUCUAGAAGAUAGCUUGAGAAGGGAACAAGUGCUUCUCGAGAAGCUGCAGGAGAGUAUCGAGAAUUUGGAGAGGCAAUCUUCGCCGGUUGAGGAGCUUUCGCAGGUUUUGAAGAGGGCCGAUAAUUUCUUGCAUUUCGUGCUUCAGAAUGCGCCUGUUGUUAUUGGUCAUCAGGAUAAAGAACUACGAUACCGGUUUAUUUUUAACCAUUUUCCGAGUCUCAGCGAGCAGGAUAUCAUAGGCAAAACGGAUGUGGAGAUCUUUUCAGGUGCCGGCGUGAAAGAAUCACAAGACUUCAAACGGGAGGUUCUCGAGCGAGGACUACCGGCAAAGAGAGAAAUCACAUUCGAAACCGAGCUAUUCGGUUCCAAGACAUUCUUAAUAUACGUCGAACCCGUUUUCAGCAAGUCCGGUGAGACAAUCGGAGUAAAUUACAUGGGGAUGGAAGUAACCGAUCAGGUGAGGAAGCGAGAGAAAAUGGCGAAACUUAGAGAAGAAAUGGCGACAGCAGCAGCUUCAUUACAGAAACUAUUAACUUUAGAAGGUCACGUAGCAGACGAUGUUCCGGUUGAGGUUGUUGGAGAUGUUUUACGCAUUCGACAGAUCCUCACGAACUUGGUCAGCAAUGCCAUCAAGUUUACGCAUGAAGGUAAGGUCGGAAUAAACCUCUAUGUGGUCCAGGAACCGUCAAAAACGAGACACGAGCACGAAAACGGGACUUAUGAAGCUACUGAGAAUGAAGUGAAGGACACGGAAAUCGAGGAGCCAGUCGUGUGGAUAUGUUGUGAUGUUUACGACACGGGCAUUGGAAUACCCGAAAAUGCAAUACCAACUUUAUUCAAGAAGUACAUGCAAGUUGGUGCAGACACUGCUCGAAAAUAUGGUGGGACGGGACUCGGCCUUGCAAUCUGUAAACAACUGGUCGAGCUAAUGGGAGGCCACCUCACCGUGUCCAGCGUGGAAAAUGAGGGCUCGAAAUUCACGUUUGUUCUCCCUUACAGAAUCUCCUCUGGCUUUGAAACCAACUCGGAUGACCUGGAUGAGUUGUCGGAUUCCGAUCACCAUGACAUCAUCGACGAGGACCUUCGCUCGGGAGUUUUCCUUUUCCCUCCACGAACCCUCGGCACAUUGCUUUCCUCCUCCCAAGCUUCCAGAAGGAUCCAGAAGCUUGGCACCUUAUUAUUGGAGGACUCGUUGUCCCCUAAAGAUUUCGUCACGUCGUCGCAUGAAGAAGUUGGGUCGUGCGAGGUGGAAACUACUUCGGAAAGCCCUGCGGAAAAAACCGAGAAAAUAUUUGAUAAUAGUCCGGAAAGGAAUGGACGAUUUUGCCCCUAUGUUGUUACGGGGUGUGGGGAGAAGAGGGGUCGUGAUGAAGGGAGUUCCGAGUGCUCGUCAUCGAGCAAUAGUCGCGAGAUCUCGAGAGUUGGAUCGAGGCCGAAGAUUCUUCUCGUGGAGGAUAACAAGAUUAACGUUAUGGUGGCGAAAUCGAUGAUGAAGCAAUUGGGCCACGAGAUUGAUGUAGUGAAUGAUGGGGCGGAGGCCGUGCGCGCGGUUCAAUCUAACGACUAUCAUCUCGUUCUAAUGGACGUGUGCAUGCCGGUGAUGGAUGGUCUUCAAGCUACGAGACUUAUCAGAUCGUAUGAAGAAACCGGUACUUGGGACGAGGCAUUGAAGGCCGGGGUCGAAAUUCAUUUGCCUUCUCGUAAUUCGUUCUCUGAUUCGGGAGUAGAAAAAGCAAGAAAGCGAACUCCGAUUAUAGCCGUAGGAAUUUCAUCUCAAAUGACAGCAAAUGCAAUGUCGGAAAGUGCAGACGAAUGUUACGCAAAUGGGAUGGACUCGUUCGUGUCGAAGCCGAUAACUUUUCAAAGCUUGAAACAAUGUCUGCAACAGUAUCUACCAUGAACAUUGAACUCUUUCAUCUUGUACAGGGUUAAAAAGUAAAAACGAGAACAAAAAAAAAAUGGUUGAGUUAGGAAAGUUUUGACAGUGUGUGUAGCCUCUACUUUGCUGAGUUCUAGUUUCAUGUACAGNA